AUGUACUGCGGUCUACAGUCACGGACAUGGACAAGCCAGGAUAGACCCUCCUCAUUGCCUUGGAGACAGAGCUCACCUGCUGGAGAGCAAUUAUCCAGUCAGGAGAGGACCACGGCUUUCCUCCUCCAUCAGGCUUUCCAAAUCAAAAAUGACAUUGUCUCCUACCUCCAGGAAAGCAAAGGUUAUCAGCACAGUGGGACUGAUGAGUGGCUGCUGAAAAACCACACCACAGGCACUGUUAAAAAGCUCAGCCAGGACACUGAAGACGGCAGCAGUUCCGUUGGGAAAGGCAGCCUGGAACGCUCCAGCGGCUGUAGUCGGUCACGGGCUGGAACUCGUGGAGGCACUUCGCCUUCCUGGUGGCCGGAGACAGCAGGGCAGGCAAGGCACGGCACAGCCACACGGCUGGGACGGCUCGGUGCCUGCUCUCCCGGCCCUGGAGCAGCCCGGCCCGCAGUGAAGCCACCUGGCCCAGCGGGGCUGCAGCUGCAGGGAAUUGUUCGCUGUAUUUUCAUCACUGGCCACAUGGUCCCCGCCAGCACCGCACAAGUGGCCCUGGCUGUGUGGUCCUGGCCUCAAGAGGGCCCCAGCCUCAAGAAGGCCCCGGUUGGGAUGGGCCCUGGCAGCCACCUCACCACCCCUGGGGAGAAGUUGACAAGUAUUCUAAAUGACUUCAGGGAUCAGCUACUCACUCAACAGAUGUGUACAGAAGCACAGGUGAUAUGGUCUGAGGAAAAUCAAAAUGACAGGCACUGGCUGCUUAACUUGGUGAAGGAAAGACUGGAAAGAGCAGCAAAAAGAGCAGAAGAAAAGCUUCUAAUUCUUUCACUAAAACUAGAACAAGUGGAUAAACCACAGAAAUAUGAAAAGCAGUUGAAUCAGAUGAAAAGUGUUAAAAACCUGUAUGCAAGAAUUGCCAGAUUUAAAAGACAGAUCUGGGAAGAGUUUGAGGAAGUGCAAAGUGAAUAGAGAUCAGGAUUUCAGUCUAUUCACGAAUCUCUGGAGCUGCUCAAACAAAUACAGAACACAAAGAUGAACCUUGAAAAAAAGAAAAUUUAUAAAGACAUAUAA